UUUUGUUUCAACUUUAUCCAUAUCUAUAUCUAAAUAUCAACUGCUUCAUUUCAUAGGAAAAAAACUUCUCAUGCACAAAUCAAUCUUCUCCAAAAUGAACACACACUCCCUCACACUACAAUUACUCUAGUAUUAUGGUUUUACUUCACCAAUGGAAUCUGCAAAGACUGUGUUCUCUUCGUCUCCACUUUUUCCUACCAGAAUUCACCCCAGGAACACUCUUCCUUCAUCUUCUUAUACUUCUGUUUUGAUGCUCCGGGAACAAGUUGCGCCAACGGUCACCUCGUGGUGUACUAGUUUUUCGGCUCAGAAUUUUCCUACUUCAGUUCUUUUACAAGAUCAGUGUAAUGAGUAUAGGCCUCUAUUGCAUGUAUCAAAGAAAGACAAGACAUGCCAGGCAACAAGGCAGAUGGAUAUUGUCACGGUUCAAGAAGAGAAUGACACCGGUAAUGCUGUUCAAGUAGCUCAUGACUUCACGAAGCACCUGCAUCUCUUGCCUCGUUUAGAGAAUUUAUUAACUUCCACGGGAACAGAAGUGGAUACUUCUUCAACUUUACAGAAUGUAGAUGGUUUUUGUAUGGUUUCUGUAUGGUUCAAGAAUAUAGAUAUGAUAAAGUAGAGAUCCAAGUUGAUAAUAUAAUUGUAGUGAGGGAAGUUCAGAGCAAGAACAAGAGAAGAUGGCAAGGCAUGCACAUGAUGCGCAAAGUGCAAGACUACUUGAACAACAUUCCUAAAUGGCGAGUUAAAUAUAUUC